AUGGUUAACGGAGAAUUCAGCCUGUCAAUGUCAUGCGUGUACAAACAGCACAUUGACAUUGGAAGUUUGUUCAAUAACUCCCAAGUGCGUGGUGGAUUGGGAAAGAGCACAGUCAAUCCUAGCAUAAAAGCAGGCAGUAAACACCUAGAAAAAUUAUCUCCCUCUUUCACGGACGAUCUACUCAAUAACCUCUACUUUCUGCAACUGUUGCUCACAUGGCUAAUCGUGUCGUUGUCCAAGGUGCUCAACCUAGGCCACCGCCUGGUCAAUUCACCCAUCCACGGCUUGAAAUAUCCACAUUUGUCCAAAAUCUUCGCCAAUUCUCGCUAUAUGUACAAGCACUUCAAAUUUUUUACGACCGGUAUCAAGGCGACGCUACAUCCUAUUGGCAAAUUUCGGGCAUACAUGGCCUGCCUUAUGUUGACUGGAACGGCACACCAAGUGGUGGACGCGCAAGAAAUACAGAAAAUUGCACGCGAGCUCGCGCAAGCAUAUACUCAUAACCGUCCUCUCUGGGAAGAAGCCGCCGCCGCGUUGCGUCAGCCAUACUGGGGAUGGGACAACACUGCGACAAUGGUCCCACCUCUUCACAUCACAACUUAUCCUACUCUUAUGAUUGUCAAAGCCAGAAGUACAGCAUUUGUUCGGGUACCCAACCCAUUCCUUACGUACACAUACCCAAAGAAUGGCAAUGCUGGGUUUCCUCCUGAUUUCAAUGUCUGGCCUCGUACUACUCGCUAUCCAGAUGCUUCUGGUAAUAGCCAGCCUGACAAGCUUAGAAACGUCCUUUCGAUUGUGGGUCCACAGAUCCACGAAAAUUUUAGAAGGCUCUUUUCUCUCAGAACCUGGAAGGAGUUCACGAGCGGAGGCCUUGGAACAUCGGGAUUAGAAGCUAUUCAUGGAACAAUCCAUGUUCGAACAGGAGGGCCUGGUGGAAACAUGGGACAGGUGCCAGUAGCAGAUCUCUUGCCCUUCCGGAGAACUCAAACUGACUACUGGAAAUCUCCAGACAUCAUUAGAACCGGCGACGUAUUCAACUAUAGCUAUGACAGGACUGUCAACGCUUCGCAGUCUGAAUCCAGCGAGGGCGUUGCAACGAGCGACGAAAAUACAGAUCCCGAAAGAACCGAGCUCGAAUGGAGCGUCCGCGUUGAAUGCAAACAGUAUGAGGUCGGAGGAAGUUUCUCUGUUUACGUCUUCAUAUCAAACGAAACACCCACCAACCAUCAUGUGGAAUGGCUUUCCCAUGAAACCGUUGCCGGUACCUUCGAUGUUUUCGCCAACCUCAACCCCGAGGAGUGUGCCAACUGUAGCGCUCGUGUUGAUCAAGAAGUCAAAGGGUUUGUGCAUAUAAACCAGAAAUAUUUGGAGAGGUCAAAUGCAACCCUUUCCCCGGAGGACGUCAUUCCAUAUUUGAAGGAGAAUAUUAGCUGGGCUGUGGUAUCGGCCAACGGAGAGGUUGUCGACCUACAAAAGUUCCCAUCUCUCAAAGUGACGGUGAUAAGCACCCCCCUCACUCUCUCCGAAGGUGCGAAAUACCCUACUGAGGGUCUACCAACGCACUAUCCUGAGGUUACUCGUGGACGCCUUGGGGGACAUCGUGAUGACUAG